AUGGUUAAGCAAAUCGCCGGUUCCAAGGCCCUCCUUUUGGGUUCGGGCUUCGUCACUAAGCCCACUGUUGAGGUCCUCAGCAAGGCCGACGUCGAGGUCACUGUCGCUUGCCGUACCCUCGAGAGCGCCCAGGCUCUCUCUGGCGGCUUCAAGAACACCAAGGCUAUCUCCCUUGAUGUCAACGACGCUGCUGCCCUUGACAAGGCCCUCGAGCAGGCCGAUGUCGUCAUCUCUCUCAUCCCCUACACCUUCCACGCCACCGUCAUUGAGUCCGCUAUCCGCACCAAGACCAAUGUCGUGACUACCUCUUACGUCUCCCCCGCCAUGCAGGCUCUCGAGGAGCGCUGCAAGGAGGCCGGUAUUGUUGUCAUGAACGAGAUCGGUCUCGACCCUGGUCUCGACCACCUGUACGCCGUCAAGGCCAUUGACGAGGUCCACGCUGCCGGUGGCAAGAUCCUCGAGUUCAUCUCCUUCUGUGGUGGCCUUCCCGCCCCUGAGUGCUCCAACAACCCUCUUGGAUACAAGUUCUCCUGGUCCAGCCGUGGUGUCCUUCUUGCUCUCCGUAACGCCGCCAAGAUCUACCGCGGUGGUGAGAUCGUCAGCAUUGACGGUCCCGAGCUGAUGGCCUCCGCCAAGCCCUUCUUCAUCUACCCCGGUUUCGCGUUCGUUGGUUACCCCAACCGUGACUCCACUCCCUUCCGCGAGCGCUACAACAUCCCCGAGGCCCAGACCGUUGUCCGUGGUACCCUCCGUUACCAGGGCUUCCCCGAGAUGAUCAAGGUUCUCGUUGACAUUGGCUUCCUCAACGACGCCCCCAACAGCGUCUUCGACAAGCCUACCUCCUGGAAGGAGGCCACCAAGCAGGUUCUUGGUGCCACCUCAUCCUCCGAGAAGGACCUCCAGUGGGCUAUUGCCUCCAAGACUAACUUCCCCAACAACGAGGAGCGUGACCGUCUCCUCUCCGGUCUCCGCUGGAUCGGUCUCUUCUCCGAUGAGCAGACCAUCCCCCGUGGCAACGCCCUCGACACCCUCUGCGCUACCCUCGAGCAGAAGAUGCAGUACGGCCCCGACGAGCGUGAUCUCGUCAUGCUGCAGCACAAGUUCGAGAUCGAGAACAAGGACGGUUCCAAGGAGACCCGUACCUCCACUCUCUGCGAGUACGGUAACCCCGCUGGUUACUCCGCCAUGGCCAAGUUGGUCGGUGUCCCUUGUGGUGUCGCUGUUAAGCAGGUUCUCGAUGGCACCAUCAACAAGACUGGUGUCCUCGCUCCCAUGACCAUGGAUAUCUGUGCUCCUCUUAUCAAGACCCUGAAGGAGGACUACGGUAUCGAGCUCAUUGAGCGCACUCUGUAA